AGUCUCGAAAGGUCGAACUCGUUUUGAUGCACCGAGGUGUGCAGUGCGAAAGCACAGUUGCAAAUUGUCUGCCAUCAGCAUUUAUGAGUUGAUGUACAUGCGUUUUUCUCGUUAAUCGCGCUAUUGACAACAAAGUGCAACAAAGUGUACGAAUUAUUAGAAUAUUGUGAUUCAAUUAAUCAACGAACCUUUGCGAGAGGACGCCAAAGAGGUCGAAAUUCAUAUACGAAGAUGUGCGGCGGGUUUACGUGCUCGAAAAACGCAUUGACGGCGCUAAACAUCCUUUACAUUGUUGUUGCGUUUAUUCUAAUAGGUGUUGCUGUUUAUGGAAGAGCUUCUGCGUUAGUUACAAAUCUUCCCAUAAUUGGAGGUAUUUUAGCAUGUGGUGUGAUUUUAAUUCUUAUUUCGAUACUUGGUCUCAUCGGAGCUGUUAAACAUCACCAAGUUUUAUUAUUCUUUUACAUGCUCAUUUUGUUCCUGUUAUUCCUGAUUCAGUUCAGUAUCGCUUGCGCUUGUCUUGCUGUUAAUGCCAAGCAACAAGAACAACUAGCAGAAGAGGGUUGGAGACGUGUUGGAAAUGACUUGAAAGCAAAAGUCCAGGUCACUUUUACUUGCUGUGGAUUUAAUAAUACCGUAAAUACAAUAUUAGAAAAUCAAAGUCCGCUGUCUUGCACAGAUGUAAAUAAAAUUUGUUGUCCUUAUCCUGUAAACGAUGAUUGUGCAUGUAAAUCGUGUAUGGAAAAAUUAGAAUCUACAAUUGACUAUGCAUUUAAAUUGUGUGGCAGUAUCGGAUUGUUCUUUAGCUUCACAGAGUUCAUUGGUGUUUGGUUGACUGUGCGGUACAGGAACCAGAAAGAUCCACGAGCUAAUCCCAGUGCUUUUCUCUAGUCUAACACCAUCGUUAUGUCCUCUGUCACCUCAUACGAUCCUCCUAAUAGAUGGUGAUUGCAGCUUUCUUAGCAAGACGUUUCAGGAAUCAAUUAAAUCCACAUCAAAAAGUUGUCUUUUCUCGACGUGAUUAUUUUCAUUAAAUGCUUCAUCAUAGUUUAAAUAUACAAACUUUUAUUUAUGGUUUCUUAACAGAAACGUUAGACGGUAGAAUAAUUAAGUAUAUAGGAAAAUAUUCUAAUUUUAAUUAUCCUGAUAUCAUAUUUUUGAUCGAUUGAUCAUUUAGAAAUCAAAAAUCCAAUUUUCAUUUCUCAGUACAACAUAACUUUGCAUAAUUCCCAAGAAACUGUUUGUUUUUCACUGCAGUUUAUAAUGCUCAACAGGAAAAAAUAAUAUGUUUGGAAAGUGGACAGUUGUAGAUCUUCACACGGUUUAAAUGAACGACAGUUGAAAUGUGUGCUCUAGUCAUCCAUUUAGAACAAUUGUAUUAAGCCUCAAUGCGCCUUGUAGUAAUAUUUAGAUACAUUUAUGCGAGCGCGUUUCUACAAAACUUGGUUUAUUUAGAAAAAAAAAAACAUUUUAUGAACAUGCUCUACUAACAAUUUUUCGCCAUGAAACUGUACGUUUUAAAAAAUGUGCACAAGCAAAUUUUUAUAAAGUACAUAAUUUCCUUCUUUUUAAUUAUGUAAUUUGAUCUCAAUUGAAACAUUCUUGAUAUUCUAACCCGUUUUAAAUUUAUUUCAAAAAUGUUUUCAAUAUCCUAGAAACGAGUACCCGUUUACUGAAUUUUAUGGAACAAUAAAACUCAACAAUUUUUAAUGAGAUUUUAAAUUAAAAGAAUAAUUUUAUUAUAAAUUAUAAAAUAGUAGUAUUGUGCUAAUGAAUUAAACAUAUUAAUCCUUUAAUGAUAAUUAAAAUGUGACACGAUGUUUAAGAUAUUUUAAAUAGAAAUCUUUCAUCUUGGUAUAUUAGCAUAUUACUGCCGUAUAUAUGUAUACAGGAUGAUAGUACUACUAGAAAAGAGGCGAUCUUUUAUGCAAAAACAAAUUGAAGUAUAUAAUUGCAAAUCUAUAGCAAAGCUUUGUAUGCGACCUAAUAAUAGCAUUUUGGAAAACUGUCAGAAUUAACCUUAAAAGGUGUCUAUUUUAUCUUUACAAAACUAUUCUAAUCAAAUAUAGCUUAUACUAAAAUCCAUUAUAUAGAUUUACAACUGAAUAAGUGCAUGCAUAUCCGAUAAAUUUUCAAUAUUGUCUUUGUAAUUUUAGUAUAAAGUGUAUUUGAUUAAGAAGAUUUUUAUGGAUGAAUGGAAGAUCUUCCACUUAUAAUAUAAAUUCUAUUUGUUGUACAUGAUGUCACAGUGUUGCAUACAAAAUUUUGCUGGAGACUUACAAUUAAGCCAGGUAUAUGUAUGCAUGCAUAUCCAAUAGAUGUUUAAAGCUGUUUCUUCUCUAUAAUGGAAAUUCAUACCAAAAAAUUUGAUUCUAUAUUUUCAAUUUGCUUUUGCACGAAGAAUCACUUUAUCCUCAAUUGUACAUCCUGUAUAAUAAUAAUAUUAUAAUUAUCAUAUUAUAAACUUUAAAGUUGAGAAUUAAUUCUCUCUAAUUUUUAUAUUUCUUUUUCUUAUCAUUAAAGAUAUUAGGCUGCACACCCAUUAAGGGCAUCAUAUGAUGUCUUUAAGGAAGUAUGGGAAAAGAAUGUUUUGAAAUAUUGUGUUAUAUAAUUUCGUAUAAUAAGUCAUAAUAGUGUAACCAGUAUAGUAGUUAAUGUUUCGAAAAAUUCAUAAUGUAUUAUGUACAUUCAUUAAUAUAUAUUGAUUAUCGAAAUAAUUUACUUCGGUGUUAUCAUCGAUUUAAAUUCUAUGUCAAAGAACUAUAAAUAUACAUCACGCUUGGAACAUGUACACAUACAUAUGUAUUAUAAAAUAAGCGUCACGGGAUGAGCACUUACGGAUGCUGACUUUACACGUUAGUGUCAUAUUUGUUUUAUUAGACAUACAGAUUAUUUUGACUCUACUGGAGAUAUUAAGGUAUGAAUUUUAUUUACAUUAAAGUUAUUGUUCAAACACGAAUUUUUCGUUACAUUUUAACAGUUAGGGGAAUUGAUCAAAUGAUGAAACAGAGUCGGAAUAUUAUAAAGACAGUUUAUUAUAAAGUUAUACUAAGGAUACAAAACGUAAAAAGCAUGCGGUAAAAAGAAACGUUGAGAGAGGCCCAACAAGAACAUAGGGGAGAGCUGCCACUAGUAGAGACCAGUGGCUUUGAUCCAUCGAUUAAACGCAAAAAGAAGUUGUCGAAAAUUUCAUUUUUGUCGAUUUGACACUCCAUUUUAAUGAUCCGCAACUUAACAAAAAUUAAUUCGAACAAAAAAGUGAAAUACAAUAUCUUGCAGAGCAAAUAAUUUUCUUUAAAAUGACAUAUAUCAUUACACAAAAAUAUUUUAUUUUUAACUCGAAAUUUUAAAUCGGAAAAAAACGCCAUGACUUAUGGGCCAACCCAAUAUGUCUAACAUCUCCUCUCAAUUAGAGCUCGGAAUGACUCCAAGGCUUUUAAUGCAUUCGACGUUCUUCGUUUCUGAUGUAGCCUUAGUGAGGAUAUCGACGAUCAUCCUUUCUGUGGAUAGAUAUUCGAGAUUUAGUGAAUAUUUUUGCAAGACGUGUCGUAUAAAAUGGUGCUUGAUGUCGAUAUGCUUCGACCUGGCAUGAUGAAUGGGGUUUUCUCCCUCAUCUUCUUGAACCCUAAUUCUUUGAUGAAAUUGCCAUUUUGGCACACACUUUUUUCAUGUUAAAAUUGUUAUGUAAAAUUUGCCGUACGCCUUCUUCGUCAAUUUCUACAGUUUCAGCAAUCGCACGAAUACUUAACCGAUAGUUUAUUAUAAAGUUACACGAAACGUACAAAGCACACGGUGAAAAGAAACGUUGAGAGAGGCCUAACAAGAAUGUAGGGGAGAGCCACCAGUAGUGACCAGUGGUGUCCCACUACGUCUCGAAUAUCUACCCACAAAAAGGAUGGUCGUCAAUAUCCUCAGUAAGGCUGUAUCGGAAACGAUAAACAAUGUUCUUCAAGCAGGCAAAUUGUGUAUCUAACAUUAACAACAAAACAACAGUAGCAUUUGAUGUUCACACAAGUAUUAAACGUAACAAAUUGUAUUAGAAAAUUUAUAUUUUAAUUAAUUGUAUAUCUACUUUGAAGAAUUUGUAAAUUAUAAAGAAUAUAUUAAUCCUUUAUUACACAA